AUGAGGGAGAUACGGGUUGGAUCCUUGAAGAUGGAAGAUAAAGACUUCAUAAACCUUGUAUUCGAGAAUGUUGAAGAUGAUGAAGCGCUUGUGGAAGAAGAGCCUUUGGAUGAGGAACAAGAGGAGGAUGAAAACGUGGAUGAAGCUGUAGAUGAAGGGGAAAAUGAUAGUGAGCCCAAGGUUAAAUAUUACACCCAUGAUCGAAACGUGAAAUGGAAUAGAAUGAAACCUCAAGAAGGAGAAAUGCUGCCAAUGUUGAAUAUGAAACGGUUUAAGGGAAAUGUGGAAUUGAACAUGGACAUGGAGAUGGAAUGGAAGGAGAUGAAGCUGAAGAUGUACAGGGGAAUGAAGAAGAAGGUGGAAUGGAAGGAGAUGGAGUGGAAGGAGGUGGAGAUGAAGAUGGAUAAAGGAAUGAAUAACAAGGUGGAGAAGAAAGAGAUGGAGAUGGAGAGAGGAAUGCAGAAGAUGGUGGAGAAGGAGAUUGAGAGGGAUAAGGUAAUGAAGAAUAAAAUGGAGAAGAAAAAGAUGGAGAAUGGGAUAGAGAUGGACAAGGAGAUGGAGUGGAAGGAUUUGAAGCUAAAGGUUUUCAAGGAAAUGAAGAAGGCGGAGAAGUAG